AUGGCCAUUUUCGGGUGUCUUCGAAGCGGAGAGGCCCACAUGCGCAACAUGCAGAAAAUGAACUCUGUCCUUUUGCCCAAGGCAGAUGCGGUGAUGGUGAUCUGCAUCGAGUGCCGCACUGGGCUGAACUUCGCUGGUCACCAGAUGAGGAUACACACUGGUCGUGCUUCACUCUGGCAUAUUCUCGAGGCUCGAGAGGAUCGCACUUGGAUGCUACACAUACAUACCCUUAUUGAAUUCUACUUCUACGAGCACUUCCAAACGUCGUCGCAGAAUCUGCAGGUCUUCAGAACACACACACUGACUCGCAACCUCCGACCCCCCGUCGGGCCAGAACAAUCUCACGAUGCCCGCCCAAAGCCCAAAUGUUGGUGUUCACUCUCGGCCAGCAAGGAUGCCUCGGUGUCCACUCGCCCUCGACGUCACUCCGCAGCGGGCGCCAACGUUGCGCGGCCCCUCGUUAGCGCACGAUCAUCAGCAAAAAAGGCGAUCGAUAUGGACAACACAAGCGCUACCAGCAAAGUCCAGACUCUGGUUUCAUUCUGGCCCUGCAUUCCUGGGCGACUGAUCAUGAGGGGCGAAGGCAGUGAUGAUGUUUUUGAAUAUGUGACAUUGUUGUACUACAAAGCAAUUCUUCAAAAACCGUCACCCAUCUCGUGGGGAGGUGCGUGUGCUGAAAUCAAAAUCCCUGGGACUCCAAAUGUUCCAACUCCAGAAGCCGAAUAAACCCACACUCUUGAGGUAUAUGAUACAACAAUCGAAAACUCCAACCCAAUAAACAUGCUGAGAUCCCGCUCAAGUUGUCCUAUGCUUCCCUAGGUUGUGAUGGCCGAAUAGUGUGAAUGAUGAAGUAUGUCGCUAAAGCUCAAUGGUCAUAAGGUUCGUAGUCACUUGUUUGACAAGUUUGAUGACGUCGGCGGUCACGACGCUUUUUGCGAAGUGUUGGCAGAUGAUAGUGAUGCGAAGGAGCUGGUGAGCGCCGAGUAGGCGGCUGCUGGUCGUCCAUUUGUCGAUGAUGCUGAUGAAGUGCUGUUGCUGCGUGAUUGAAUGUUGAGAGCGACGCAGCUAUCGCAGCGUCCGUUUGUGGCGUUGCAUCGGCCUCGACAUCCGCGCUCGUAGUUGACGCAGGAGAACAUUGUGGUGGAUUUUGUUGGUUGUUGGAUUGGAGAUCGGAAUCAGAGGCGUUCGUGUGUUAUUUGGAGUAAAGUUGGAGAAUGGCUUGCUUAAGGAGACUUUGUACGAUC